AUGAAAGUAUUAAAACUUUCUAAAUAUCCUGAUGGUUUCUCUGGUGAUGGUUUUUCUGAUGGUGGUUUCUCUAGUAGUAGUUCUUUUGGUAGUGGUUCCUCUACUGUUCAACAUUUUUUACAACUCCUUAACAAAGAAUAUGCAAAGUUAAAAAAUAAAGCAUUUAUUGAGUAUGGUGAUGUUCCUAAUAGUAAUUAUGAAAAGCAUCUUAGAGAAAACAGUAUCAUUGAUGAUGAGAAUAUUCAAUUAAAAGUAGCAUAA